AUGGACGACUUCAAUUCAUCCGAUAUAGAAAUAUCGCCGGUCCGCAACAGAUAUGCACAUCUCGCUAAGAAGUCACUGGCGUCGAUGAAAGACAGCUGCUUUGACGACAGAGUCUCCUCGAAGAAACGUCUUGCCAAACUGGAAGACGUCAGAGGAGCACCCUCAAGUCAAUACAAACGCCAUAUCUGGCGUAACCGUUUCGCGAACUAUGUUGCAGUGCACGGCUUAUCGAUUGAUCCUACAAACGGGCCAGAUGGCGUCAACCUUGCCCGCUUCACUGAUAUCAUCGUCAACCACAUAUCGGGUCGCGAGAUUGACUCGCCAGCUCCUCUCCAAAGGACCUUGAAGGCUGGGAUCCGCGUUUUGAUAUCAUCAUUGACGUUUGACUACCCAAAAUUCGCCUUGACCAGGAAUGAGAGGGCGAGGCUGGACGCCGUCUUUGAUACCCUCGCGGAUGAAGGCAAACUUGUUCGAGGCAGGGCUCGAAAGGAGCUUCAUUGGGUGGGAACAUACCUGGUCGAGAAGAUGGUGAGAGCGUGGUUUCAAAACGCGAUCGACAACGGAUAUCGGUCGUGGGACAUUGUCGUUCACAAAGCCCUGUCUGUCGUCCUUCAGUCGGCCCUCGCUUGUCGUGCAGGAGAAAUCUGUAGGUCCAAGGGAUACGAGACGGAGUAUAUGCAAUGGAGCGAUAUCGUCAUGACACUUCCACCUGGUUGGACGACGAUAGACGACGUCCAAGUCUCAUGCUUGUUGAGGUACGAGAAGAAUCAAAAACGAGAGAAAAACACCUAUCGAGAGGUACCUCUCACCGUCUUGAGAGCCCCCGAGCUAAAUAUCAUCUGCGCGGUGAAGCUGCUCUUGAUCCAAGCUCUCCGGUCAGGGAACAUAUUGUCGCUUGAUCAUGCUUUUGACCAAGCAUCUCGGCGAGUGGAUAACACUGUUCAAUGGAUUUUCCCGAAUCGUCCGGUCAUUCCCAGCCUCCACAUCUCAUCUGGCUUUAUCUUGUGGGACUCCUCGAACGGCACUAAUUCAUUGAACCAAACAACCAAGGAGCUAGGGCUCAAUGCCGGCAUUCUGGCGGAUAUCAGGUCUCAUGAUAUUCGCCGCGGGGCAUUUCGCGACCUUGCGACUAUCAAGCGGGCCCCCGACGCCCCCCCACUAGGUGUCGCCAGUACAGAAGUUGCUGUUAUCGGCGGGCACUCUAUAAAAAGCUUGCAAAGCGGCGUUACGGAUGCCUAUGUGGGUGGGGUGGAGCACGAGUCUUAUUCGUCUCGAGCUGAGCAGCUACCCGUCAGUAGGAAGACGGCGAUAGUUGGGAAGGCAUACAAAAGGAAACGAGUCCAGGGCCACGAGAUUGACGAUUACUGCCUGGAAAACAACCUCGACGCCACCAAGGGAUCAGAGAGGGUUAAGGCAGGCAGACGGCUCAAGUCAUCGAGAGCUGCCGCAUUCAUCGAGUCGGAGAGAAAUGCCGACAAGACGCCGUCCAAAUCUCACACCAUGUCCUCUCCACGUCUACUAAUGCUGCCUACCCCUACGGCUUCAGCUCCAAAGCCAACCUCCGAAAGUCCUUCGUCAUCUGUCGGCAAUACGUUGGAGUCUCUCAUUGACCCCCGUCUCACGUCUUAUGGAAAUCAAGACGGCGUUGACGUGGAUGUGGAAACUGAUGCCGCCGUGUCAACACUCUCUGCCUUGGUGUACGGUGACGAUGAAGCCAUAGGGGAGGAUGAGGAGAUCUUGGGGAUGGAUAUCCUUCUUGAAUGUGCAGCGCGGAGCGACAGCUCUGCCCAGAAAUCCUUGCUGGAGCUCGAUGGCCGAGCGUUCGUGGAGGCAUUGUCUAAAAUCAACAUUUUUCGAAACAGCAAUAUCGAGGGGCGGUCUGCUGCGACCGACCAUCAACUCUUGUCGGUCCUAUGUCCCACCGGAAACUCAAGAGACGCCCCUACCCCGCAUGUUUUUCACUGUGGCUUUUGCAAGAAUUACAGCAGCAUAGUUGAGGAUGGACUCAGACAACAUCAAGUGGCCUGUACUUUGGAGAAGCCGAUGACGAAAAAAGAGCGGACGAUCAGCUGCCACUACAAGGGUUGCGAUACAAAAGUGUCGAGUCAAAAGUCUUUACAAUCGCAUAUAUUAAAGUAUCACAAUAAAUCUUUUGAACCGAGGAAGUGUACGGCGCCAGAUUGCACCAGCGAUCGAAUCUUCCUGACUGCACAGGCUCUUGAAGCUCACGAGAUGAACAACCAUCGACCUAUCACGCCACCUAUGCGGUGCACCUUUGAGGGAUGCAAGUCGGAAACUCUAUUCGGACAGUGGACUUCUUAUACUCGUCAUCUCAAGAGCAUACAUGGUUUGGCGUCUGUAAAGGACCGGGAGCGCUACAUGCUAGAGGAAUUCAAGCGGGUUCGUCCUUUUCAGCCGCAGGCAUGUCCCAUUGGUAUUGGCCUGUCAUCUUGCCACAGCAUAUUGUUUAAUGGGCUGUCGCAUCUGUUAAGACACCUGAGAGCCCCCAAUGGACAUGGCCUUAGUAUGGAAGAGGCAAGAAAGGUAGCACGAGGUAUAGAACCAGGACAAGAAUCCGGCGAUGCGUCCCUAUUCGUUGAAGAAGACGCGGAACAAACCAUGGUAUGA